AUGGAUACUUCUACUACUUCUGCCAAUACUACCAAAGCUGGACGUGGACGUAAACGUGCCCAACCAUCUACAGAGCCAACAACUGCAAAGAGAGCACCAAGAACAACCACGGCCCGAGUUCAUUUAUCAUACAACGACUUUGUUUUAAAAACUCACGGAAAAAGAAUCCUUUCUUGUGGAGAAGGAGAUCAAUUAGGUCACCCUGGAAGGACAACGUCUAAGAAACCUAGAAAGGUUGAUAUCGUUGAGGAUGAAAACUUGGAAGUUGUACAGGCUGUUGCUGGUGGUGUACAUUCUGUUUUCCUAACCUCCGAUGGAGUCGUAUAUUCCUGUGGAAUAAAUGAGAAAGGAACCGUACCUGGUGUAGGUGUUGAGCCAGAGGGAAGCACUGAUGAGUAUAAAAAAAUUGAGUUCCCUGAAAGUUUCCAAGCUCUUGGAAAGAUUGUAAUGUUAGCAUGUGGAGCUAGUUUCACUGCUGCCCUAACUGCUAAAGGUUCAGUUUUUGCUUGGGGAAAUUUACGAGAUGCCAAUGGAAAGCUUGAUGUUCAUGAUCAACUCACUCAAAUGCAGAAAGCACCGAUUGUACUUCUCAAACACACUAAAGAAAUUGAGAUCGUGAAGAUUGCGGCUGGCGAAAAUCACUUGGUAAUGUUAUCUCAGGAUCUAAAAGUUUAUACUUUUGGUGAUGGUUCAAUGGGUCAGUUGGGACGAUCCAUCCGUACUGAUAGAAUUCGAUCACAGUAUAUGGCUGCAAAAGAUGCUCAUAGCUUACAUGUUCCCUCUUUCAUGGGUGGAAAGAAGUUUGUUAAAGCUAAAAAUAUUUUCGCUGAUGGAUACUGGACUGCUAUACUAAGUGUUGAAAAUGACCUGUAUGUUUGUGGGCUUAAUAACUAUGGACAACUUGGAAUACCAAUCGAAGAAGAGAAGGCUGAAUCUGAGGAAGAUAACCAGAAGGAAGACAACAGAGAGCUCCGUGUUUUCCACCCAACUCUUUCUAAAGCAUUCAGUGGACAUAACUGGACCAAUAUUCAGGGAGUUCAACAUAUUAUUGCCCGUGACGAGAAUGGAGAGAUGUAUGGAAUAGGCAAGAACACAGACAAUGCUUUGGGAUUAGGAACAUGGAAAGGAAAUGAUGAUCAGGAGAACUGGAGAUAUGAUACUCUGCAAAAAAUAGAUGUUGAUGGAAACACCGUAAGUGGAAUAUCCGCAAAGCUGGGAUGCUCCGUCUGCUGGACUUCUGCUGGAGAUGCUUACUCGUGGGGAUGCGACACGAGCGGACAACUUGGCUUGGGCAUCAAAGAGGAUGAAGACGAUAAAGUUGUCGAAAAACCUCAAAAGAUAACUUCUGCACAUUUGAAUGACUACAAAAUCAUAAGUGUCUCCAUUGCUGAUAAUCACAGCAUUUUCCUUGCUGAACCUUCGGCCGACGAAGAGUAA